AUGAAUCGUUUUGAAUAUACCGAACCUGCCUUAAGCCCUAAUGAGUAUUUCUUAGUUAAAGAAAAUAAUGCGAAAUUAUAUGAUGGUGAUCAAAAGACUAAUUUCGAGGGAGGAAUGGUCCAUAUAACAACCCACAGAAUAUUUUGGGGAAAACCUGGUCAUUUUGCAAAUGGCCAAAUUUGCCUUGCAUUGCCUAUUCAAUUAAUAAUAAGACUUGAUGAAGAAGUGCCAGGAACAUUCAGCUUUAGCAAAAGUAAAAAAAUUGUUCUUUAUUUGAAAGAACCAUCACCAGAUCGCAAUGAAGGUCCACAACUUAACAGCAUUUAUAAUUUUGUCAAAAUAUCAUUUCGAGAUGGCUAUUCACAACAGAUUAGUAUUGCUUUGAUAGAAAGUAUAAACAAAAGAAGAUGGGAAAUGAUUGAGACUCCAACAACAAGCGCAAUUGAAGAAAAACCAAUGCCAAAUAUUAAACUAAGAACAGGCAUAAUUGGCAUUGAACGAAGUUUAAUUGAAAAACAAAAAGCUGCAGAUGAAAGUAUCAAUGUUGCAUUUCAAGAUUUGAGCAAACUGAUGACAAUGGCCAAGGACAUGGUUAGACUUUCUCAAAAUAUCUCCACGAAAAUACGAGAAAAGCAAGGCGAUAUAACUGAGGACGAGACAGUGCGUUUCAAAUCGUAUUUGAUGAGUUUGGGUAUAGAUGACCCUGUAACAAGAGAUGCAUUUAAAUCGGAUAAUCAGUAUUAUAGAAGUUUAGCUAAGCAAAUUUGUGAUAUAAUGGUGGAUCCCAUUGAGGAGAUUGGAGGAAUGAUGGUUCUGACAGAUAUUUAUUGCAGAGUCAAUAGAGCCAGAGGUUUAGAAUUGUUGUCUCCUGAAGACGUUUUGAAUGCUUGUAAUUUGAUGCAGAAUAUGGAUCUGCCAUUAAAACUACAUGUAUUUGACUCUGGUGUAAAAGUCCUUCAACUGGCUUGCCUUGACAGUGAAAUUGUUGCUGAAGGAACAGCAGAAUUGUUAACGGAGAGAGGAUCUUUGAAUGCCGAAGAAUUAGCUCAAUUCUUGGGAAUAUCGGUAAUUCUAGCCAAAGAGCGGUUGCUGUCGUCUGAGCGUUGCGGCAAAUCUUGCAGAGAUGAUUCCAUAGAAGGCCUACGCUUUUAUCCAAACUUGUUUUUAUUGCGCGAUUAAAUUGAGAACAAAAAUAUA